GCUUUUACCCCUCUCUACUCACUGUAGGUUCUCUGUAAUUGCGACGUAACCUUUCUUGCGCAUGCUAAUAACUCCUGCAUAGCGUCUCUUUCACAGUUCAGAUCAUUUAUACAGCAGCUGCAGCGCCUUGCACGUUACUGUCCGAAGACCGGAGUCCGCGGUUUGUCGCGAGCUUGCCUCAUUCCCGAAGCCGACAAAUAGCGGCGCCACGCCAGCAACUGUGCAGGCCCGACGUUGUUUCGUUCAUACCCCAAAGCAUCCACACGACAAAAGCACAAAACCAAAGCCAUGUCGCCGACAGGGAACUUCUUCCGCGUCGCCCGGCCGGCCUUCCGCGCCCGCCAAUUUUUCUUCCGCCCCAAGCAGAGCAGCGCCCGCUUCCAGAGCACAGCAGCCGGGAGCGAAGCGGCGUCCGAAUCGUGGGCCAAGCGCAUGUGGAACAGUCCCGUGGGGCUGAAGACGGUGCACUUUUGGGCGCCAGUCAUGAAGUGGGCUCUCGUCCUCGCAGGCGUCUCAGAUUUUGCGCGCCCCGCCGAGAAGCUCUCGGUAACACAGAACGCUGCCCUGACCUCCACCGGAUUGAUUUGGACUCGGUGGUGCCUGAUUAUCAAACCUAAGAAUUACCUCCUCGCGGCGGUCAACUUCUUCCUUGGUGUUGUCGGCGUCGUUCAGCUCACCCGCAUUGGUCUCUGGCACCAGUCGCAGAAGGCUCUUGCCGCCAAGCCGGAGGAGGUGAAAGAGGUGAUCAAGUCAUAAAUCCGACCAGGCACGUAAGGGAUGCGACAUCAGGAUGGAAUUCCUGGAAAGGAGCACCCCUGGUAGCACUGCUGAUCUGCUUCUAUGGCUUCCGAAGUGCGGGAAAGGCAGUGCCAAUUCUAAGGAACAAGGCGUCGAAAUCGCGAUCCAGGGCAUUGCGGCUUGGCCGCCGGGUCUGUACAACAAAAGAGCUCGCUCGAGUGCAGUAGUGAGCUCAGUCCCGCAUAGCAUGCGCUUUGGGGUUGCAUGGCAUUAUGCAACUUGCAAGGCAAAGGGGGUCAAGGCCGGAGAGGGAAUUUCGGGCUUAGAGAUGUCGGCUCCUUUUGCCGUUGUACUUCAGAUCCCGGAGAAGGGACAUGGUUUUAUUUUCCCUUCUUUACAAAGCGAGUGCUAAUCGCAAAACAAUGUCCGCUGU